AUGCCACUUCCAACGUUUUUUUCCUCUCUCUCCUUCUUUCUCUCUCUCUCUCUCUCUUUCUCCGCCCUUCUGUUCUAUAUUCCUCGCCCUCUCACAACCACUCAUUCUCCGUCUCUCUUUCAAAUUCUCUCUCUCUUUUUCUCUGCCUAUCUCUUCUAUAUUUCUCGCCCCCUCUCAACCACUCAUUCCCCGUUACUCUUUCACACAUUCUCCCUCACCCUCUCCCUUUCUCUUCUAUAUUUCUCGCCCUUUUUCAACCACUCAUUCUCCGUCCCUCUUUCAAACUCUCUCUCUCUCUUUCUCUGCCAUUCUCUUCUAUAUUUCUCGCCCCCUCUCAACCACUCAUUCCCCGUUCCUCUUUCUAUCUAUCUGUCUCUCUCUCUCUUUGCCUUUCUUUUUUAUAUUUUUCACCCUCCCCCAACCUUUCAUUCUACGCUCCACUUUCACCCUCUUUCUCCGCCUUUCGCUUCUAUAUUCCUCGCCCUCUCUCAACCACUCAUUCUCCGUUCCUCUUUCACACACAUACUCUCUCUUUCUCCGCCUUUCACUUCUAUAUUCCUCGCCCUCUCUCAACCACUCAUUCUCCGUUCCUCUUUCACACACACACACACUCUCUCUCUCCUUCUCUGCUUUUCCUCUCUAUAUUUCGCGCCCUCUCCCAAUCUCUCAUUCUCCGCUUCACUUUCACCCUCUUCGCAUUUCUCUUUUAUAUUCCUCGCCCUUUCUCAACCACUCAUUCUCCCUCCCUCUUUUACACACUCUCUUAUCCUCUCAAAUUUUCUUUCUAUCGUUCUAUUCAUCUAUUCUCUGAUAUUCAUUCUCUCUCUGACAUACUCUCUCUCUAUCUCUUUCUCACUCUCUCUGUUCGCCAUAGAAUUUUUUGAUUUCCCCCCCCCGUCUUUUUCUCUCCUUUGUACCUGA